CACAAUUGUCAAUGCCGAUUAUCUUAAUCCCAGGUCACGCGUGACCGAGCUUACAGCUACAACCGAGGAGAUUCAGGUGAACGUAAAGGAUCUGGCAGAAAACAUUAAGCAGGAAAUUAGCAAGAGAACCAGUAAGCAGGAAACGAUCGCGAAAAGGCGCGAACAAAAGCGGCUGGAGAUGCUGGCUGGUAUGUCUAUGUAGCCACUAUUCAAACAUGUUAUAUCGUUCAUGUGCGCAUUUACUCAGCACAAGAACGAAAGGACUUACUACAGUGGUUGGGUGGGUUUGACUGCACUGUCAAACAUGAAGAAGUCUCUGCCCAGCGACAAGAGAGCACGUGCACCUGGGUGUUCGAAAUGAAAGCGUUCCGUCAAUGGAACACGCCUCAAACAGGGCAGUGUGGUAAAUUCCUAUGGAUCAAUGGCAAGCCCGGAACAGGGAAAACUGUCAUUGCUUCUGCAAUCAUCAACGAGCUCUCGGCCCGCGGCGAGACACUGGUGUAUUUCUACUGUGAUUUCCGCCAGGAAAGGACCACAGACGGGGCUACCGUUCUACGCUCCCUUCUUAUCCAGCUGCUGAGACAAGCACGCGACGGAUGGAACGCGGAAUUUACCGACCUCUUUCGUAGAAAAUCAGAAGGGGCUGAACCUCCCGCUGACACUGAUGUCUUAUGUAACCUCAUCCACUGCUCUCUGAAAUUCCUUCGACGGCCCGUCGCGAUAAUCGAUGCCCUUGAUGAAUGCAAACGCGUCGGGACAUUCCUUACACGGCUGGUUCGUUCAGCGAACGAAGGCGAACUGCGACUUCUUAUCACCAGUAGGACGGAGCCGGCCAUUUCUAGUGCUCUAUCCGGCUUACCAUCGUUGUCGUUAAGCGACUAUGUCCGCUUGAUCGAUGACGACAUGGAACUUCACAUCGACAGAGAACUGGAGGUUCGUUCGAGGCUUGCAUCUCUCACCCCGGAUCUGAAGGAUGAAGUACGAAAAUCGCUCUUGCAACAGGCUGACGGGAUGUUCCGUUGGGUGAGUUGCCAGCUGGAUGCCAUCAGCGCUUGCCGAUCUGUGCAGGGAAUAUCAGACUCGCUCAAGAGUCUCCCAAAAGGCCUUUACGAGACAUAUGACAGAAUUUUGCAGGAAAUUGAAGAGGGCGCACCAGAUCGUAGGUCUAUCGUAGAGCGGACUUUGAUGUGGCUGGUCGCUGCUCUGGAGCCACUUAACCUAUCUCAACUUGUUGAGGCAUUGAGUAUAGAGAUCGGAAGCACGACACUCAACCAGAAGCUCAGCGUGAUGUCCCCAAAAGAUCUUUUGGAGAUAUGUAGCUCCCUGGUGAGCUUCGAUGAGAGAACCGGCAUCGUUACUUUGUCACAUUACAGUGUGCGGGAAUAUUUAAUGGCAGGCGAAAACACUCAAAAGUACCGCUAUCUACUUGAAGAUCCCCACCGGCAUAUUGUCCAGUAUUGCACGCAAUAUCUAUCCAGCGAUGAUGUUCUUAGUUCCACUCACACCCGCCCUAUGCUGCGUUAUGCACUUGAUCUUGGGCUUGGGGCGCAUAUAACUUCUAUCAUACACGAGGAAGACUCUGUACUUUCUUGUCUGGAGGAUCUCCCGGAGCAGAUAUGUGUUCGACAUCCUUGGAAUAGCCGAAUGGCUCUUUUCAACCCCUGGCAGAUUUGGCUUGCUGAUCCCCAGAGCAUCUGUGACACUCUCAUCCGUUUUGGACCUGACUGGAUGGUACACAGGCAUCUGCUCAAGCAUCGGGAGCAUUGGAAUCAUGUGCUACAAUAUGCAAUUUUAGAGGGAAGGACACCACUCGCCAAUGUUGUAUUGAGUCUUGGAAGAAAUGUCAAUUUACCCAUCACAAUUGGUUUGGAGACUACAAGCCCUGUAAUGUUUGCCAUCCGGCACAGUCCACAGGAACUCGUCGAAUGCUUCCUUCGUAGAGGUGCUCGUCUCCCAGUUGACGCUAUUCAUACUGCACUCGAGGAACGGCAGGAUGUUGACGCCGACAUCCUUUCAUUGCUCAUUCAGUAUGGAGCGAAUGUUCAUGCAACACACAUCCAUUUCCAGGAUAAUCCUCUCCACACUCUCCUUCGCAAAAAUGCUCAGAGCCUCGUUGGUGCAGGGCGCGAAAUCAAUUCUCGAGACCCAACGGGAAUGCCGGGCAAUUCAAUCCAGGCGGACCAUGCUCUAAUUGGAUGUAUGGAUACACGACGCGACUGCCUCGAUAUAGCGGGAGUUCUCAUCGAUGGAGGAUGUGUAUUGGAUGCCACCGAUGGAGCGGGAAAAACUCCCCUUCAUCUUGCCAUUAAACAGCAAUCAUUCUCUUUCAUAGAAUACCUAAUAGGAAGAGGUGCCCACAUUCCUGCGGACGCUAUCCAUGUUGCACUUCAAUCCACUUCAAUAAACUUGGACGUCGUGUCGGUGCUCGUCCGGCACGGAGCAGACGUCAAUGUUAUGCAAUUUGGUGUCAGCCCUCUCCACGUUCUCCUCGCUCGCUGGAAUUGGGGGGACGAUUGUCUAGAGGCAGUAUUCGUCCUCGUCGAAGCCGGGUGCAACUUGGAUGCCAUAGAUAACAACGGGAAUGCCCCGCUCCAUCUCGCUAUCAAGCGCCAGUCGCUCCCUUUAGUCGAGUAUCUUAUCCAAAGAGGGGCUUGUCUUCCAGAAGAUGCCAUUCACCUUGCGGUUCAACCUACCCAUGAUUUGGAAGUCGACUUGAAUCCCGACGUCACUUCUGCACUCGUUUUUCACGGCGCAGAUGUGAAUGCGUUGCGCUGCGGUGCCAACCCACUUCACACGUUGCUUCAAGGCAUGCAAAGACGAGACUGUCUUGCAAUAGCUCGCAUCCUUAUCGAUGCAGGAUGCGAAUAUAACUGUCGAGACUCGGCUGGGUAUACGCCACUUUGCCUUGCCAUAAUCCACGAGGUGUCUUCUGUGACGGAAUACCUCCUCCUGAAAGGUGCUUUAUUGCAUAUAGAUUCAAUUGGCAUUGCCAUCAAAGAUAGCAACUUGAAUGUGGGCCCCGAUAUCGUUCGAAACCUUCUCCAGCACGUUGCAGAUGCGGAUUUGUCCAGUCAGCUGCUUAUGCUAUUGGGCCAUCAUCCAUUGUCCCAGCUGUCGCAUGAUAACAACUGCCUAGAAAUUGCUAGAGUUCUUGUUGAUGCAGGAUGCGAACAUGACGCUGUCGACUCAGCCAAAUAUUCACCCCUAAUAGAUCUCGCCAUCACUCAGUCGCUCCCCCGUGUCACGCAGCACUUCCUUCAAGUAGGCAGCCCUAUCCACGUAAAUCAUCCGGUAAACGUCGCGCUCAAUGGCGACACACCUGCUCCGUUUAUCAACAUCAACAUCCAUCCUGAGGAGCAGCGAGCCGUACAGCUACUCGCAUGGCAGACAGACUGUCGAUUCCAGACCAUGCGGGCUCUCAUCGAAACCGGUCAUAACGCCAAUAGCCAAGAUUCAGCUGGACAAACACCGCUUGGCAUCGCUAUCCAAAAGCGAAUUCCAUCUGCAGUCAACUAUAUCCUCAGAAAACUUGCAUGCGGACAGCUCGAUUUCUUCUGUGGAGAUGGACUAGAAGAACACAAUGCGCAGGUCAUUGAGGCACUGCUUCAGAGCAGUACCCCACUCCACGUGUUGACUCGCAACGUAUUUACAAGUCCUGUUAGCACUUACGACUUCUACUUUUCAAGCAACGGGAUGCAUGGUCCAUUCUGCGAGCGAGACUGCGGGGAGAUACUGCUUAUUCUCAUCGACGAGGGCUUUUCAGUCGAUGCCAUAGAUUCAUCGGGAGACACGCCCCUCCGUAUCGCCAUUCAACGCCAGCUCUUCCUUGUUGUUGAAUAUCUUCUUCGACGGGAUCCAAUAAUUGACGUCGACAGUGUCAUCGCCGCAUUCGGCACCCAGUCUCACGUGUGGAAGCACCUUCUUCAAAAAUACAUGUUAAAUGUGGAACCCUUGCAUGCCCUGAUCUCACGAAUGCACUCCGGCCGCACUGGCGUGGACGAACAUGCUUACCUGGCAAUUACGAAAGGCAUUAUACGCGCUGGCUGUGAUGUCAAUGCGCAGAACAGCAGUGGGCUAACUCCUCUUCAGUACAUGUGUAGACUUGAAGUUGAUCGAAGAUACCCUACAGUCAGAGAUUUUCUAUGCCAGGAAGGGGCACUGUAAUCAAUGGGGUGUUGGGACUUAUGAUGUUACAUAGGAGGCUGGCUACCUUCAGGGAAAGAAACACUUAGAUCAUUACUCAGUGCAUCAUUAUAUCCAUUUGUU